UAGCAGAAGAUUUUCAAUCGUCAGUAUCGUAUGGUCUUACAUUCUAGACGAACUGCUAUUUUAGUGAUUUUCUUAUCGAGUACUUUAAGUACUGCAAAAUGAAAAUUCACUUGCUUUACCCUUUAUAUUCACAGUUUUUACGUUUUAUAAUCGUUACUUUUCUUCUUUACGAGACGAUCGUCAUAGAAGGUGAAAGAGUUAGUUUAUACGAUGAUGUUGAAAUAACCAGUUACAAUAUUACCGGACGUAUAGUGAAUGGAACAAAAGCAGCGGUUAGUCAAUUUCCGCAUCAGGUAUCAUUGAGACGCACUUGGUCUGGAAAUCAUUUCUGCGGCGGAAGCGUGAUCAGUGAGAAUUUUGUUUUAACAGCGGCACAUUGCAUGUAUCUUAACAAUAUCCCCAUUGAACCAUGGACCAUUGUCGUCGUUGGCGGAGAAAUGCAACUUGAUCAUACGACAAAGUUUGGCCAGAAAAGGGGCGUUCAAAAUAUUUUACUUCAUCCAAAAUUUAAUCAGAAUACUUAUGAAAAUGAUAUUACUAUACUCAAGUUAAAAAUGCCAUUUCAAUUUACGGCACAAUUGAAGCCGAUUCCUUUGGCUGAGGAUCAAGUUCCACCUGGUACGAUCUGUCAAGUAUCAGGAUGGGGCUACCCUGCAGAGAACGUCCCACCUGUGACCAACGACUUGAUGUACGUGGAUCUGCCGAUUUUGAGUAUGGAAGAUUGUCGUAAUCUCCUCGUAGAAGUAACAAAAUUACCACCAGGAAUGUUUUGUGCUGGCUAUAUCGAAGGCUUGAGGGAUGCUUGCCAGGGUGACUCUGGUGGCGGAAUGGUUUGCAACGGUGUUCUAAUGGGUAUCGUUUCAGCCGGAGAGGGCUGCGCAAGACCAAAACUUCCUGGAAUUUACACUGAUGUUAUAUAUUACAAACACUGGAUAAAGUAUCCCUUAGCUUAUAUGAAAUCCACUCCUUAUGAUUCUGAUAAUUUUUAUAAUGCUGCCGACAAGACGCACUCAAUCACUUUUAUGAUUGUUUCACUUUGUUCGUUACAUCUUUUGAAAUUGUUAUUACUUCAAUAAUAAAUCGUUAAAAAUUUUAUAAUUUA